AUGGCAGCAGACCCGGAGAGCAGACCACUUUAUUUUGCGAACGGAGAUUUCGCGAAAACAGUUGCUGAUAUAAUCGCCAGUCCUCGAAGGGGUAAGGCAUAUACGAGUCAAGAUGCCCUGUAUGAGAUAUCGGACCGUCAACGGGAGUAUUACACGAGAUGCUUUCGACAUUUGUUGAAAAAUACUCAAGGAACUACUAAUCUUGAAGGUGUCCUAAAUGGUGGAGAUCCUCGAGUAGUCGAUUUCUUCAAGCGUAGUGGUCUCGAUAAUGAAUCUCUAUCCAGGUUUUUUAAGGACACCCACCUUGCUGAAUUCUCCGAUACUCCUCCAUUGUUGGUUGAUAGUCGCCCUACAGCAGUGAAGCAAACUAUUCCGUUGUUAGCUCUAAAAUCUCCAUGUGGGCCACCUCCACAGCCUCCUCCCCGUCCUCAACUAAGAGGGCACACUCGAAGUGCUAGCUUGGACAUGAUGAAGAACAUUCAGCUCGCGCAGACUGGGAUGCCACUGUCGUAUGGAGAUCGCCGUCCAUCUGAUUCAACAACUGUGACUGCCGAUCACUCGUCCGGUUUAACCAUUUCUGGCUCGAUUCCUACUGCGCCACCUCCGCCCGUUCCGCAACGAGUUUCUCCUCCUGCUCCUAUUCCUAGAAGGAGCAGUACAGCAGAAACCCAAACAGAAGGGCGAUACUUGGACGCGAACGACAUAGAACGGUAUAUUGCUGAGUUUGAUACUCAAAUAGCUGACCUUCUUGGAGAUGAAGCAGAUGCAACAGCUGGGAAAGGAGUGGAACGUUGGGCUCGAAGAUGUGAAGGUCUUCGUGCCCAAAACGCCGAACUUGAAGCUGAAAGGGCUCGAAUGGCUCAGGUAAGAAUCCAACUGGAAUUACGUCUGCAAGAAAUUGAAGAGGGUAGCUGUAAGGGGCACAAGCCCACGUCUCUUUGA